AGCUUACUACCCACCAUCGCAAGGCCCCCUCUCGAUCAGCAGCAGCACACAGCAAAUGGAGCGCGGCCAAGAAGCGCUGUCCGCAAAGAAACCGGCCGUGGAGGUGACGCUCCGGCGGUUCAGCCUCGCCGACGUGGACGCCAUGAUGGCGUGGGCGUCGGACCCGCAGGUGGCCGCCCCCUGCCGCUGGGAGCCCUACGAGUCCACGGAGCCCCUGCUCGCCUUCAUCCGCGACGCCGUGCUGCCGCACCCUUGGUUCCGGGCCAUCUGCCUCGCCGGCGACGACGACCGCCCCGUCGGCGCGAUCUCCGUGUCACCGACGGACGACGCGUGCCGCGCGGAGCUCGGGUACGUGCUGGCGCGCGCGCACUGGGGCAAGGGCGUGGCCACGACGGCCGUGCGGCGGGCGGUGGCCGCGGUCAUGGUGGUUGCGCGAACCGCUUGUGCCGAUGCGUUUAGGUGAUCAGGA